AUGGCAAAGCCUGUCACUUGCCAGUUUGAGCUGGAGCAUAAAGCUUACUGGGCAACCAGGUAUCUGAAUCUUGAUUCGGAAGCUAUAGGAAUCAAGCGAAUGCUUCAGCUGAAUGAGCUUGAUAAAUUCAGAUAUUCAGCCUAUGAGAAUGCCAAGCUCUAUAAGGAAAGAACUAAGCUACUGCAUGAUAAGAAGAUUGCCAUCAGAGUCUUUGAGCCAGGACAAAGAGUGCUUCUAUAUAAUUCAAGGCUCAAAUUCUUUCCCGAGAAGCUGAAAUCCCGAUGGUCAGGAUCGUUUGUGGUUACCAGAGCUUUACCAUAUGGUCAUGUGGAAAUACAAGAAUAG